AUGUUUCUAACAAAAAGAAAAAGAGGUGAUGAUUUUUUUAACGAGAACGAAGAUGAAUAUUUUUCGAAUCAAGAUGAAGAGGAGGAAACCGAUGAUAUUAAAAAUAAAAUAAGGAAAUUGGAAUUAAAUAGUCCCAACACACAAUAUACAAUACCACCGAAUAGUAAUGGAUUUGAUCUUAAUCACAAUCAUUCAAAUAUAUCUGUUCAAAGCCAACAUCAACAAUUACCACUUCACCAGUCACAAAAUUUACAACACCAAUUAUAUCAACAACAACAGUAUCAACAAUUACAACAGCAACAACAUUUUAUAUUAGUUCAGCAACAGCAACAGCAACAGCAACAGCAACAGCAACAGCAACAGCAACAGCAACAACAACAGCAACAGCAACAACAAAUUCAAAAAGCAGAGGAACAAAAAUAUCAUAUUCAAUCACCACCGCAGCUACAGCAAUUAAAUCAACAAUUACAGCAAAAUUUACAUUUGGAACAAGAAAAUAAAACUAAACCGCAUAGUAUCACUCAUACAAAUCAUCAUUUAAGAUCUUUGGAUGACCCUAAAUAUAAGUUUACAAUUUCAACUCGUACCACUAAUAACAAUAAUGGUUUUGAACAUAACAGCAACCAAUUCAACAAUAACAGCACCAAUAAUAUAGAUAGUUAUGGUGAAAGUAAAGCAUCACCAUCAAAUACUAUAGAUGUAAAUAAUACCCAAUAUUCAGAUAUAAAUAAUAUAUUAAAAGAUGCCCAUAUUUUAAGACAACGAAAAAAGUUUGGUCUACCACCAACCCAAAAUGGUUAG